ACUUGAACAGAUGAGUAUGUGACUGAGAAACGAAUCACGCAGUUUAACAUUUCUGACUGGGUGUGUGUAGGAAUCACAAAACCGAUCACAAACAGAUCACCGAACAUCUCUGAACAAGCUGUAACCAGAACAACCUGUUGACUCAAUGCCCAAAAUGAUUUCUGGGGUUGUACGCGUUGUCCUGUUCUCGAUCCUUGGUAUAGGAGGAUUUCUGACGCUGUUUGUAAUGUACUAUCAAUCAGCUCCAUCUCAGAUCUGCCCUCCCCAGCCUGCUUUGCCACAUCAUUACUCAAAGCCAUCUGAGAACAGCUCCUUGUCUAAGAAGCAGCCAGGGCCAGACAAGCCCAUCAUGCUGUUGUGGUUCUGGCCUGAAAACCGCAGGUUUGAUUUUAGCGAUUGCACCACUUUCUUCAACAUUGAUGGCUGCCAACUGACAGAUGACCGGUCUCUGUACAACAAGGCAGACGGAGUGCUCAUCUUUCACAAAUCCAUCAAACAUGAUUUAUCCAACUUGCCUCCAUCACCUCGACCACCAUUCCAGAAGUGGAUCUGGUAUCAUGUGGAAUCACCUACAAACACAAUUAGAAUACCUGGUCUAGAGAACCUUUUCAACUUGACCUUGAGUUAUAGGGAAGAUGCAGACAUCCCUGUACGUUGGCGCUUAACUGCAAGGAAAGGUCAGGGUGAAGACUUUGUGCUGCCCAAGAAGGAUAAAUUACUUUGCUGGAUUGUGAGUAACAAUAACCCUGCAACUGGAACAGCAGUAAGGGAUAACUAUUACAGAGAGCUUGUCAAACAUAUUAAGGUGGAUGUCUAUGGAAAAGCCUUUGCAAGAUUCUUGAGAUAUGAGGACUACUUCUCAACACUCUCCAGCUGUAAGUUCUACCUCUCCUUUGAGAACUCAGUCCACAGAGACUACAUCACUGAGAAGCUUAACGGACCACUUGUAGCAGGAACUGUGCCAGUAGUAUUGGGCCCACCGAGACAGAACUAUGAGGACUUUGUCCCGGGAGAUUCCUUCAUCCAUGUUAAUGAUUUUCCCAAUGCAAAAGCCCUGGCUGAAUUCCUCCUGAAGUUGGACAAGGAUGAUGAGGCAUAUCUGCGCUACUUUCAGUGGCGUAGAAACUUAUUUGCUCAGCAACAUCUAAUUCAACUGAGUCAAGAGUUCAUCCAAUAUAUUUGUUAUGCCUGUGACCAUAUAGGCAAACAUAAGGAGUACAGGGUUGUUCACGAUCUUUACAAAUGGCAUUUGGUUUAAUUAGUCCCUUCUGAUGAGCUAUUACCCGGGAGAUACUGGUGGCCCACUUUAGCUAAGGACGUGAGGAUUUAUGUUUCUUCCUGCUCGGUGUGCGCCCAGUGCAAGGCUCCUAGACACCUGCCCAGAGGUAAGCUACAACCUCUACAAGUUCCUCAACGGCCGUGGUCACACCUGUCGGUGGAUUUUUUGACUGAUCUUCCACCUUCACAGGGUUACACCACGAUCCUGGUCGUUGUGGAUCGGUUUUCAAAGACCUGUCGUCUCCUCCCUUUGCCCGGUCUCCCUACGUCCUUACAAACUGCAGAGGCCCUGUUUACACACGUUUUCCGGCACUAUGGGGUGCCUGAGGAUAUAUUGUCUGAUCGGGGUCCCCAGUUCACAUCAAGGGUCUGGAAGGCGUUCAUGGAGCGUCUGGGGAUCUCGGUUAGUCUUACCUCAGGUUUUCACCCAGAGAGUAAUGGGCAGGUGGAGAGAGUUAACCAGGAUGUGGGUAGGUUUCUGCGGUCUUAUUGCCAGGAUCGGCCGGGGGAGUGGGCGAAGUUCGUGCCCUGGGCAGAGAUGGCUCAGAACUCGCUACGUCACUCCUCCACUAACCUUACUCCCUUCCAAUGUGUAUUAGGGUAUCAGCCGGUUCUGGCUCCUAGGCAUCAGAGCCAGACCGAGGCCCCUGCGGUGGACAAUUGGUUUCGGCACGCUGAGGAGACCUGGGAGGCAGCCCACGUCCACCUUCAGCGUGCCAUAAGGCGCCAGAAAAUUGGCGCAGACCGUCGCCGCAGUGAGGCCCCAGUGUUCGCACCAGGGGACAGGGUCUGGCUCUCGACCCGAAACCUGCCCCUUCGCCUGCUCUGCCGGAAUCUGGGUCCGCGGUUUGUGGGGCCGUUUAAAGUCCUGAGGAGAGUGAACGAGGUAUGUUAUAGGUUACAACUACCCACUCAUUACCGUAUUAACCCCUCGUUCCAUGUGUCUCUCCUCAGGCCAAUGGUGGCUGGCCCGCUCCAGGAGGCUGAAGUGCGUAAUGUUCCUCCGCCUCCUCUAGACAUCGAGGGGGUUCCGGCGUACUCUGUUCGAUCCAUUUUGGAUUCAAGACGUCGAGCGAGGGGCCUUCAGUACCUCGUGGACUGGGAGGGGUACGGGCCGGAGGAGAGAUGCUGGGUUCCGGUGGAGGACGUGUUAGAUCCUUCCAUGUUAUCAGAAUUCCACCGUCUCCAUCCGGAUCGCCCUGCACCUCGCCCUCCGGGUCGUCCCCGAGGCCGGUGUCGACGCGCGGCUGGAGCCGCGCGUCAGGGGGGGGAGGGGGGGUACUGUCACGACUUCUGCCGAAGUCGUUGCCUCUCCUUGUUUGGGCGGUGCUCGGCGUUUGACGUCACCGGUCUUUUAGCCAUCAUUGAUCCUUUUUUUUUAUUUUCCAUUGGUUUUGUCUUCUCUUCCCACACACCGGUUUUCAAUCCCAUUCAUUACCUGUUGUGUAUUUAACCCUCUGUUUCCCCUCAUGUCUUUGUCAGAGAUUGUUUUAUUGUCAGUGUAGUGUGAUUGUUGUAUAGGUGCGCGUCGGGUCCUCGUACCCAUGUUUGUUUGUUUGUUUGUUUGUUUAUGUACAUUUAGUGUUAUGGAGUAUACUCUGUGGACUUUAUUAAAAGACUCCAUUUUACACUCCA